GCCAUGGCUCACAACUAUGCGCCCGAAUACCAGAUAGUCAUGCUCGGCGCCGGAUGUAAGUACACAUGACGCACAGGGCGGGACAUCGUCAAUGAGAGCGCUGUGGCGGGUUAUUUGUUUUCUCAGUCACCUUGUUCGCUCUUUUACCCAAGCGUCUAGCCCAUUUUCCUUCCUUUCUUAUUUGUGCGAUUGUGGCAAGCGCAGUAAGAAUUGUGCGCCUUUUCGGGUUUCUGCCUUUUCUUUCCUUGUCUUGUGUUCUGCGCGCGAGAACGUGUGCUUGGGAGGCGAGAGCCAAGCAGAAAUCAUGGUUCAGUUUUCCCGCAUCUGCCCACAUUUCGCAUUUACGUGCAUGCGGAACUCACACGUCCCGGGAUCCCCUAUAACCCGGAUCACUUCAUGUAGCGGUCGGCAAGUCGAUGUUGACGACACGAUUUAUCAACGGCGGGUUCAGCGACGACUACGACCCGACGAUCGAGGACUCGUACCGCAAGCUGGCGAAUGUUGAUGGCUACGACUACGUUCUCGACGUGCUGGACACGGCCGGGCAGGAAGAAUACGUGGCCAUGCGCGAGCAGUACAUGCGCUCAGGGCACGGGUUCAUAAUUGUGUACAGCAUCACAUCGCGGUCAUCGCUGACGGAGGCCGAGGCAUUAGCGAAGCACGUGAAGCGCGUCAAGGACAUGGAUGUGGUGCCGAUAGUCCUGGUGGGGAACAAGUCGGACCUGUACGAUAUGCGGCGUGUGGAGAUGAUCGAGGGCCACCGGCUGGCGUCGCGGAUCCAGGCCGGAUUCUACGAGACCAGCGCGAAGCUGGACAUUAACGUAAACGACGCGUUUGUGCAGUGCGUGCGGCGGAUCCGCCACUUCAACAAACCUGUGAUGAACCCCUCGGAGACUGCGGUCAAUGGCUUGCGCAGCUCAUUGAGCAUCAGGCGCGACGCCAGCCGCCAGGGCACGCCGGUGCCGCCCAAGAUGCGGCCCGGACUGAGCAACGGGGAUGUACGCGAGGGACUGGCCCACAACCGCUCCAAGAAGCGGUACAACAAGGAGGACAUCAAGAUUGUCGGCGCCGGCGCCAUAAUCGGCACGGGCCAUCUGGGCGCCCGCGGCAUGGGGGUGUCGGAGCCGCCGGCGGUCGAGGAGAAGCCCGGCGUGACUGUGUUCCGCAAUACCAGCACGCGGCCGGUGCAGAAGCAGAAGCGAAAGGGCCCCUCGUGCCUGAUCCUCUGAGCUUCCUUUUUUUCUUGCUACAUUUUUAGAGUUCCUCCUUUCGCCAGCUGUUCUUUUUUCCUCCUCGCCUUGUCACACACAUCCUCUUAUUAAUUGCCUGUUUUUAAACAAUGUAUUCUCUCUGUG